GCACACGGGAUCCUGCAGUCUUGUUCGGGACACCAAUGCGGCGGCGUUUCGUGCGUUCGGUACAAUAAUAAUAUCUCGUCGUACAUCGAUAUUAUACUCUUGCAUUUCAGCACUCGGGCGUGUAUGAAUAUUAUAUGAUCGUCGCAGCGUACGCAAAUCACGUCGAGAAAAUACCGUAGUCCGACGAUUUCUAUCGUGUUUCGUGUUAUAAAUUAUUAACUAUUACGAUAUGUUAUAUGUUUGUAUGUAAAAUAUUUUUUACUGACAUAGCCGCCGAACAAUAUAUAUACCUACUGCCACCGCGAGUGUACCUACCGGUGAUAUAUUUUUUACAUUUUUGUAUGUUUUCAUUUAACACGACAUCGCGUUGUUUCCUAUAACUAGUUGUUUUUAGUUUCAAUAUAAUAUUUUUUUUUAACUUACGUAAAUAAAUAAGAUAUUCGCAAGUUUCGUUUUUCGAUGUUCAUCCGCUUUACAAACGUUUCUCACUGCACGGUUACGGAAAUAUGACGGUUACCAAUUACGGCAUGAUGAGGCCCUGUUUUACCGGAUACCCAUUUCAAGGCCAGGGCCGGGUUAACCAGUUAGGCGGCGUAUUUAUAAACGGCCGGCCUUUGCCCAACCACAUCCGGCUAAAGAUCGUCGAAAUGGCCGCGGCUGGAGUACGACCAUGCGUCAUAUCUAGACAGCUGCGCGUGUCACACGGAUGCGUAUCCAAGAUUCUGAACCGCUACCAGGAGACGGGCAGCAUCCGACCGGGCGUGAUUGGCGGCAGCAAGCCUAGAGUCGCAACGCCAGACGUGGAGCGUCGAAUCGAGGAGUAUAAGACGGAAAAUCCCGGAAUUUUCAGCUGGGAAAUACGCGACAGAAAUGACAAUGAGCCCGCCCAAUAUCACGAUAAUAAAAGAUUGAUUAGAGAAGGAUUGUGUGACCGAGGAAGCGCUCCAUCUAUUAGCGCAAUAUCGAGGCUUUUAAGGGGCCACGAUGGCGAUGAUUCGGCUUCAGAGAAAAAAGUUAGCGACGGCAAAACUUCAGAUGGUUCGGAUUGCGAUUCGGAACCAGGUAUACCGCUAAAACGCAAACAACGCCGCAGUAGAACCACGUUUACUGCGUUACAGCUAGAUGAGUUGGAAAAGGCGUUCGAGCGCACCCAGUACCCAGACAUUUACACUAGAGAAGAGUUGGCCCAGCGCACCAAACUCACCGAAGCCAGAAUACAGGUAUGGUUCAGCAAUCGGCGCGCCAGACUGAGAAAGCAAAUGUCUAGCAACACCGGAAGUUCCACGCCAGGUUCCGGUGGCUACGGCAUGGGAUUGGCCCUCGGAUACUCACCGUCUGGUCAACAGCAACAGAACCAACAACAACAGUCGUCGGGCCCGAACUCGUCAUCCACGCCCGCCUACAUAAUGUCGCCGCAACAAUUGCACGAACCGUACAACACGACGCCGGACGGAUACAAAGAAACUGACGACCAUCAUCAUCAGCAGCAGCAGCAACAGCAACAACAACAGCAACAGCAGCAGCAGAUGAUCAAGGACGAACAUCAACAAAAUAGCAUGAUGUACAGUGGUUUAAGUGCUACGUCAUUAAUCGACCACGAUAACAGGCCUCAUAGUAACAUCAGCACCGAAGCAGCAACGGCCACGUCGUAUAUAGGAAUCGCGGGCGGUACGUACCCGACCACGCCGCUCUACACGUCCACGUCGUCGCUGCUAACUUCCCAAAUGGGACAGUUGAACGGAAACGGUCAGCUCUCGCAAUUGCACAUUGGUCCGGGCAGCGGCCAUCACCAGGCCUCGUCACCGAACUUGCUGUCGGCCGCAUCUCAGUCCUAUCAGAUCGGUUCAGCAGCGGCCAACUCGGCUCCCACGAUGAUCACGCACCAUCAGCUGUCUCCUGUGUCUGCCAACAUCACACUCAUGGGACAAUCGAACGGAGCAAACGGUGGCGAAAGCUUGAUUACGGUGUCGUCGUCCGAACUGGUGUCUAUGCAGAGCCCGUCCAGCUGGUCGUCGCUAGCCAACCACCACGGAAUCGGCAUCGGAGGCGGAGGCGGCGUCGGCGGACACCAUCAGAUGCCGCCCAUGAACCCGACCCGGAUAAGCCCGCAGCCCGCUCUCAUACCGACUGCUUGCAUGAGUGGUCAGAUGAGUCCCACUUCGGCUGCUUACUACCAGCCCCGACAGACGCAUCCACCGUUCUACACGUGGUAUUGAUCUUCCCUUCGGGUGUGAUCCAACUCGCUCCGACGACUUUUCACCGUUGUCUUCUAUUCGGACGAAAAUUCCGACUACUUAUGACUCGCCACGUUUACCUUGCAAAAGCUUCUGUGCACUGAACGUAUCCCAUAGCGAUAUCCAUCGAUACGUUCGCAGGCUUAAACAAAAAAAAAAUAGAUUUUCCGUCUCAAGUCUCGCCCGGUGUGGUAAAGUUCGUUAUACGGCGAAGUGCGUCAUCGUCGUAGGUUCCUAUAAAUGCGUACACACACACACACACACACCAAUUAUCGGCGAAGUCCUGCAAACACUUCAGGUCUGUUCUGGGAACGAGUGCACUUAAAAUAUAUUAUGGCCAUACCAAUACUAAUAAUAAUAAUAUAGUAACGCGAAUAAUAACAUUAUGUGUAAGCACAAAACAAUAAUAUUAAAACAAAUCGAAAACCGUCGGAAUCUUCCAGUUCUUACUGAAAAUCAGACAAAAUUGAACGAGAUGGAAAAAAACACAGACUGUAGCAAACAAAAUAACGGUCGUUUUCCGGCACUGCAACACGCCCGCCGUAUAUGGUUAUUGUUGUAAUAUUGUUUACAAUAUUUCGGUUCAUAAAAAUGAUUGUAAAACCCGUGCUCUACAUCGUGAAUAUUAUAUAAUAACACACGCCACAUGGUAUUUUUAAUUUUUUUACUUGAACUAGCGGCCGCACGGUCAUUUCGUCGCCAUGAAGGACGUUUUCGUUUGAUCAGAAUAACUAUAUUAUUAUUAAAUAAUAUUUCAAGAACUAUAUUUUAUUAUCAUACCAUAAUAGUAAUGCACUGGAUCGUGGUGACAAUAUAAUAGUAUUACACAACUAUAAUAUGUGUAUUUGUACGAUAAGAUGACUAUAACUCAAAUAUACGCCACAAUGCCACAUUCCGAAUUGUAUGGCUAAAUAUUAUUGACUCUACGGCUACGUUGUAAGGGACGCGAGUUAUAGUGCACUUAUUAUACACCUACUACAAUGUACAAAUGCACACAAUGUAAUACAAUAAUACAUGACACGACGUGCACACCUAUAUACGUGUGUAAUAUUAUAGGUAUGAUAUUAUUUUUAUUGUACUGUUGGCGAGUAUAAGAUUAUUGUUGUCGGUAGUCGAUUUUCAGAAAAUAUAAUACAAGUCCUUUGCCGGACGCCAGUGAUCGUCGUCCCUUGGCUGGAGUGUGCGGUGGCAGCGGUGGUGGCGGGGUGUGAUCGAGUGAAAGCAAAAAAAAAACAAAACAAAAAACAACCGUUAUCGUUUUGAUAGGUCUUCCGGUCAAGUAUGCCGAGUUUAAGUGUGUCUGUAUAGGUAUUGUAAAUUAUUAUAUAAAACAUCGGUGUGCACAAUAGGAUUAUAGUAGGUAGUUAACAUGUGGUAAACGUCACGAAUUCUUUCAUCUCGCUCGCUCGCCCAUCCACCCACAAUUGAGCAUAGUGAACGGGUCUCCCUUGCGAAACGUACUCGUGUCGUACGCACCACUCGCUAAGCUGACCAUAAUAUAUUAUAUCAUGAUAAAAUGAUAUAUUAAAUGUAUGGUCGAAGGUUGUCGAAGCUUGACUAUUGUACCUGCACAGCUCGUCGUCUUCCCUAUAUAUAAAUAUAUAUAAUAUGAUGUAACAUAAAAAUACACGUGUGAAUUUUGUUGGAUAUAGGUUAAGUCUCAAACUUAAACAUGAUAAUUAUUUUGUAAUGUACAUACCGUUUAGUUUUCUUGUUGCGGGUAGUCGAAAUAAUUUGUUUUUAUGUUCCUUGUAUUCGUUUACCUACUAUGUAUAUAAAAUGAUAUAACAUUGUUUGAGCACAAAAUGUAGUUGUCUGUGAGGCAAUUUAAAACCAGAUUCCUAUAUUUUUUUUUUGUUUUUAAAUUUUUUUUUUUUUGUAUUUAAAUACCACUUUGAAAAAUUUAAAACACGAUUACAAUUUUAUAACAUAAUAUAGUAAUAUUAAAUAAUACUUAUACACUAUAUUGUCUGUCACCGACUAAAAAGUCAUUCCGGUAUGACAUGAUGUUUGUAAAGAGAUCGAACAAAAAUCGUUUAUACUAUGCAUGUCAACGGAUAAAAUACUAAUGAAAAUAUCGAUUCAUUAUGCCCACAUGAUAUUGUAUUAUAUAACAUACUACAAAUUGUAUAUAUGAUAUUAUAGUGUAUUAAUUGUGUUGUAUAUAUUUGUUUAAAACUAUAUUCCGUUUGUAUGUGUUUUGUGUAAAUAUACGCGUAUUUGUAGAACGGUUCGUUCUUAUAUACUUCAACACCGGUAUACACUACGCAGAUUUUAAUGUAUUGUUAAUUUUGUUGAUUUUAGCUAAUUUUGUAUCUUAUAAGCAGACGUCACGCGUUUUCGUCCUACGUUUAAUAUUAUAUUUUUUUUCUAUAUAAAAUCUUUCCAUUUCACCCGACUCUCUUUUAUUUUUAGUUACGUAUUUUUUUCUCCUGUAUACCUUAUACUUAAUUAUUAUAAUAUAAUAUACACGAUGUCUAAUAAAUUGUAAAUUUUACAGUUUUAAA